UGAAGGAGUCAGCUCUCUGCCAUUGUUCUUGUUCUGGGAGUCUUGUGAGGACGGACAGGUCGGGUACCGGAGCGGUAUGACGGGCUCCGGUCCGAAGCUCGGGGUGCUGCUGCUGCUGGCCGUCCUGCUGCAGACUGUGGUCGUCACCAUCACCGUGCUGCACUUCACCACAGCUCUCAACUCGAUGAAGGAGACGUUCGCCAGGAGCAGCGUUUCCUGUCUGAUGGGCGGCGACCUUCAGAGCAUCACGGCGGUCCGCGGUGACCCGUGCUGGCAGGUCACCCAGCAGCUCCACCUGCUCAUCGAGAAGUCUCUGUCUCAGCGUUACCAGAAGCAGAUUUCAUCCGUCGUCAGAGAUGAAGUGUCUCGGGUGCUGCCCUCACUCGUGAUGGUCGACAGGUCUUCACCUCGCCCCAAAGUCGCCGCCCACGUCACCGGCAGCUUCGUGCCCAAACUGGAGCAAGAGGGAGGAGCUCCAGUCUCGCGACGGGUUCAGGGCCAGAAGAUCUCCUGGUGGGAGGGGCAGAAGGGUCUGGCCUUCCUGCAGGACGUCCAGCUGGUGGACGGGGAGCUGGUGGUGCCUCAGCCCGGCCUCUACUACGUCUACGCCCAGACGUACUUCAGACACACCCACUCCCUGGAGGAGGAGGAGGAUAGUGAGGAGGACAGUGAGGAGGAGGGGGAGAGAGGGAGGCCUCUGCUGCAGUACGUCUAUAAAAAGGUGAGCUCCUACCCGGUUCCCAUCCUGCUGAUGAAGACGAGCCGGACCUCCUGCUGGUCCCGGGGCUCCCAGUUCUCUCUGCACUCGGCCCACCAGGGCGGUUUGUUCCCGCUCGGCGCCGGCGACCGGCUGUUCGUCACGGUGACCAACGCCUCCGCGGUGGACAUGGACGAGAAGAGCAGCUUCUUUGGGGCUUUUCUCAUCAGCUAGACGAGGAGACGCAGGACUCUGGACCGACCAUCACGUCGUCUGAAAAGCAUCGUUGCAGCCUCUUGACUUCUUGUAAAAAGGAACCAAAAUGAAAAACUUCGAUGGCGAAUCGCGGGGAAGUCCAUCUUUCUUUUUUCUGGAUCACAAACUGUAAGACAUUUGACACUUGGUGAUUGGAGAAGACACCGAUGUGGAUUAAGAGCUAAUCAAUCAACAAAUAUUUGUAUUUGUGUGUUUUAAAGUUGAGCUUGGACUCGAUAGAUUAGAGUUUAGGUUGUACAAACAUUUCUUCGAGGCAGAAGUUUUUAAAGGUAGCAGUUGUUGAUAUUUUCAAUUGGUGUUUGUCCUGUAAUUGGGAUUUCUUUUAAUGCAAAUUGACUCAAGCUGUAGUACCAAUUACAGGCGGCAACCUCCGGUUCUGAAAAGUGAAGCCGAUGCUUCAUGUCUUAAAGUUGCAUUCUCUCUCCUGUCCAGCAGGGGGCGACUCCUCUGGUUGUAUAGAAGUCUAUGAGAAAAUGACUCUACUUCUCUCUUGAUUUAUUCCCUCAGUAAACAUUGUAAACAUGAGUUUAUGGUCUCAAUCUCUAGUUUCAAGUCUUCUUCAAUACAGCAUGAUGUUCAUUUAGUAAAUAGACGAACAAAACCAAGAUAUCCCAAACCAAAAAACCAAGAUGGCGACAGUCGACAACCUGGAUGGGGACAACCUAAAACCAAGAGAGUUAAACCAAGAUGAAAAAAACCAAGAUGUGAAGACCAAAAAACAAGAUGGCGAUGGCCAAAAAACUAAAUUGCGGUGGCUUAAAACAGAUAUGAUGUUGGCUAAAAACCAAGAUGGUGGCGACCUUAAUGCCGAAUUUGAGGCUUCAAACGGCAGUCAACAAACCAAUGGGUGACAUCAAGAUGACUACGUCCACUUCCUAUAUACAGUCUAUGGUGAACUACCGCGCUGUGUUCAAUGCAGUAGCAGUUUAGGCCGUUAAAACUGGUGUCUGCCUCAAAGAAAUGUUUGUAUGAACCUCUUAUCAGCUGAACAUUGGUGAUUAUCUGAGUCCCUGAGUGUGUGUUUGUGUAAAGAUGUAAAUAUUGUGCUAUAUUUUGUUUAUUUUUCUGCACAUUCUGGGUCAGGAGUUCUCAAUGAACUUCUGAGACCAUUCACUGGUCAUGUGCUACUACUAAUAUCUCAGUUAGUUGACAGCCGUGUUGAAAGAUUAAUGGUGUGAAAUCACCACCUCUUACUUCACGAGUUUCACAGAACCACUUAUAAACUACGCUCCCCACAAAUCAGGCUUUGUGUUUUUGUUGGCAGCAGAAGCUCAAGUCUUUCCCUCUGCUGUUGGCUCGUCCGUCUCCACCGUUCUCUAAAUGGUGCAUUUAAAUGCUCCCUGAACGGUUGGUUUUUCUCGGGCAUUUGUGUCAUGUUGGAUUAGCUGCAGAUGUGACCCUGAAAGCAGUCACGCACAUCUGCAUCCAAACAGCAGGAAAAUGUGGGUGUUUUUUUGGGGGGUUUUCUGUAGCGGUUUGUAAUGAACACUGACGCAAAUACACCGACGCUCAAGGACGGUUAAACAAAAGGAUCAGAUAUUUUCGACCGAAUUCAUUCUUGAUUUAAGAAUGAUUCAUUCUUAACUUAAAGGUCUGAAUACUAGAUUUCUCCUGUGACCUUCCUCAGCGGAUGGAGUUAUGAUGUAAGAACUAAAGAAAUGCCUGAUGAAGGCCAUGAAAUGUGGGAAGUCAAACUACUAUUUUCAAGCUCAAGAACGAAACCUCCGUUAAGCUCCUUUAAAUUUGAGAAAAUCAAUAAAUUGAUAAAGAUGUCCACAUUAUUAAGUUUCUACUAAGGUUUAAGUUCUCUAUUUUCCAAUAUGACAUGAAUGCAGCAUUUACUGUAGCACUUAUGUAAAUAUCAAAACACAAGACCUUUUAUAUUUGUUGUUUGAAUGUAUAAACUUUCUUCAAAUGUUUUUUUUCUAUUGUUUGCAUCCAAACAUGAUGUAAAAUCGUUGAUAUUAACAAGGCUAUAAGUCGAUCCAUAGAAAAGUAAUCUUUUACUAUUUUGAUAAUUGAUAUAUCAUGCAAAAAAAUGGUAGAAAAAUCCUGUUUUCAGUCACUGAGAAGAUUUACCACUUUUAUCUGUUUUAUUUCAUAUUAAAGUGAAUAUCUUCCCACAAAACAAGACAUUUAAAGAUGUCAUCUGGACUUUGAAGAACUAAGGAUGGACAUAUGUUCUGACAUUUAUAAAAUAACUGAUAAUGAAAAUAAUCUUGAUGAAUCUUGAUGUGAGUGUACACACUGUGAGGUGGAUGUUUAAAGAAAUAAUCUCAGACUUUCAUUUGCAUAAAUGUCUGUUAAGUCACUUUCUGUCACUGAAGGAGGAAACACAAUGGUGAAUGAGCUGCUGGUCCACUGAUGGAAGUACUGCACUAUUAAUAUAUAUAUUUGCAGUAUUAUGAAGCGGUGAUCUGUGGCGACAUUUCAAUAAAAAAACAAAUCUGUAUUUUAUAAUUAUUCUCCUUUUUAUACCUACAAGAAAAUUUGCUUUUUGUGAAAACUUGAAGCUCAGGUAUCAACAAAAAGAUUAUUGUUUAAACAACCAGGACUGAAAUCUUAAGGAACUUUAACAGAACGUUCUGUUGUAGGUUCAGUCUGUACCUUAAAACAAGUCCGGUCUCCUUUUGGACCAACUGGAAAACAUCCACCUGCAGUCAGUCUUCUCCGUCAGCUCGACCUCCAACACCUAAAAGUCAUAAAAUAAAAUAAAAACACAACUGUACAAUAAUCAGGUUUUAGUCAAUGAAACUAAAUAUCAAUUUUAACCAGGUAAAAUAAAUGUGAAUGUAAAUACACAGCUGGUUUUUUUCUGUAAAUGUGUGAAAUAAAGAAUCUG